GUAUGACAUGUAUACAGCGUAGAAUCUAGCGGCAGGGUGAUCGCUAUCGUUUGCGCGCUUGCUCCCGUUUCGUGCAACACCUACUUACAGUUUCAGAGCCGCAGUGCUAACAAACAUAUCUAGCUGCUUAAUUGUAUCCCGGCAUAGUGACAAUAGCAAUGGCGCGUGGCACGCUGGUUGGCGUGCUAGCGGCGGGGCUGUUGCUCUUAGCGGGCGUGCAGGGUGCGGCAGCGGCGAAGCGGCGCAACCAGCGCCAGCGGCGGGACAUCGAGCCGCGCUUUGGCCCCGUAGAGGAGCAGAUCUGGGAUUCGGGCCUCAUGGAGAAGAAGCUGCCCUUCGCCACCCUGGUGGAGAAAGGCCGGGAGUACUAUGAGGACGCGACGCAAAAGCGCUUCAAGGGCUUUGUGCUGGGCUACGUCACGCCGUGGAACAAGGCCGGGUACCAGAACGCGGUAACGUUCCGCCGCAAACUGGACGCCGUGUCGCCGGUGUGGUUCCAGAUCCGGCGGGAGGAUGGUCAGAUCAAGAUUACGGGCGGACAUGAGUACAAUAAGACCUGGGUGGAGGAGCUGAAGCAGGACGGCCCCGGCUCCAGUCCGCUGCUGGUGCCCCGCUUCAUCAUGGAGAUGGACAUGCAGGAGCAGGUGCAGGUGCUGGCAGACCCCACGGAGCUGGUCAAGGCAGUCGGCACACAGGUGGUGGGCUACAAGCUGGACGGCAUUGUGUUUGAGGGCUGGUCGCAGUGGGUGGCCUCCAACGGCAUGUCCAAUGAGCAGUUCCGGAGGGCGGCCAUGGGCACAGUCAUGAUGCUGGGGCAGACACUGAAGGCCAACGGCGACAAGAAGCUGUACCUGGCGGUGCCGCCCCUGUACCCGGCCAACGAGAAAGCGCCCUGGUUCGCGCGCGAGGACCUGGAAAUGCUGGCUGAGCACGUGGACGGCUUCAGCGUCAUGACCUACGACUACAGCACCGGCAUCGGCAAGGCCGGCCCCAGCGCGCCCAUCAGCUGGGUGCGCACAAACCUGCUGCUGCUGCAGAAGGGCGCGACCGAGGACGCACCCAAGCUGUCUGAGGCCACACACUCCAAGUUCCUGCUGGGCCUCAACUUCUAUGGCUGGGACUUUGCUCUGGCGCCGUCCGCCAAGCGAGGGCAGGGCCUGGCGGCGGUCACGGCCAACGACCUGGUGCCGCUGCUGCAGCGCCACCAGCCGGCGCUGGAGUGGGACGACCGCACCGAGGAGCACUCGUUCGAGUACACGGACAAGGAGGGCGUGCCGCACGCAGUGUGGUACCCCUCGCCGCGCAGCGUGGAGAUGCGUGUGCAGGUGGCCGAGGAGGCGAAGGUCGGCAUUUCGAUUUGGGAGCUGGGGCAGGGCCUGGAGCGAUUUUUCGAGCUCUUGUAGGGGCGCCCAUGUAGCUUAGUCAAUUGAGGAGCUGACAAUGUGUGGUGUGCAUGGACGACAUGGUGUGACCGCUGUAUGGCGCGGUGGUGUGCGUCGGCAGGAGAGGGGGAUUGGCAGGGCACGGACAGGGUGGCGGGCGGGUACCUGAGUGCGGCGGGAGCCCGUCAAACCGGGCAGCUCCGUAGGGACCGCUCUGAAAGCACACUUCAUA